GAAUAUGCGACAUCGAAGCGUAAGAUAAAAGUGCAUUUUAGCGAAUCUAUUGAAAAAGAAAAUAUAAAAAUAAAAAGUGGUGAAAUAAUUGCAGCAAAUUUAAAUAUUUCAUUUAUACGCUUGUGCACAUUUUUACAUAAAAAUGCCAGGAAAAAUUAUAUGCUGUGCAUUAGUGCUAAUUUCGCUAGCUGUGCUCUCGGUGAAUGCCGGCUGUGUUUGCAAUGAGAAGGGUGUCGAUUAUUGUGCCAAGCACAAGGAACCGGUAUUUGUGCGUCCCAAACCACGCUAUGUCUAUCCGAAUCCAGACCUGGAUCUCAAACCCAUCGGUGACACCUGCUCAUGCAAUAAAGUGUUCGUUGAACCGGCGACAAUGCCCAAGCCAUGUAACAAAAAGCCAACGCCAAAAUAUCCAACAUGCAAUUGUAAUUCACCGCCUACGUCCAACUAUUAUCCACCCUCGCCCAACUACCACCCACCAGCGUCCUCAACGCCCAAAUAUGGCACUGAUUAUUAUAAGCCGGCUCCACUACCACCCCGACCGCCAGCGCCACCAGCGCCUAGCGCAUGCGGUUGUGGGUAUUCACCAACAGCACCUGCAUAUCCUCUGCCUGAUAUAACUUAUGCAAAACCCAAAGCUACGACGAGUAACUCCAUUCCCGCUGAUCCUAUAAGCAUCAGUUUGGCUUUGCAAGCUACUAAAGCGGUUGCGGUACCCGAAGCCAAGUUAGCUUAUGGCUUUGCAAAGCAACCAGUUGAUAGUAUGAAAAAGAUUACUUUCUCCAAUGUGCCCGAGGAGAAUCUCUUCAAGUUGAAAAAUGAUGUAAUUACAUACAAAAAGCCCACACUCUCAGCAUCGCCGCCGUCUGAGGAAGUGAUCGAAACCGAAGAAGAGGAAGUGGUGGAGGCGCCUGACGCACCUACCCUCACAUAUCAGCAAUUGGGCUAUGUACCCGAACAGUUUAAGAAUCCAAAGUUCCGUAAGAUCACUACAGCUCAUAGUGAUGAUUAUUAUUCGAAUGAAGCCCAAGCGAUUCCGGAUAAAGUUACGGUGGAUUGCGGUUAUAGACCUGGACGCGUUGCGGCGUAUAUCAAAAGAAAACAAAAGAAGGAUACAGCUGAAUAUUAUUAG